AUGACCGAUUUCAUAACGAAAUUCCACAACCUUAAUGGAGAUUUACCGAACGAAAGGAAGAAAAACUUUUUUAAAUUACUCGAAGAAACCACUUUAAAUUGUAACCAAUCAUUAAUAGACAGCCAGAUUCAAAACCUUCAUCCUAAAAAUUACCUAGAGGAGUUAUUUUGGUUAGAAACAUUAAUACGCUUUAAAAAAUCCGGCCCGUUACUGGAGCUUCUUAAAACAGGAAACCGAGAAUAUGUGAAGAUUAUUUUAAGACAGCCAUGGUUUAUUAAAGAUGUGUUCAAUAACGUCGAUGCUACUGAUUUGGUGGAUAAUUUCUUCCCAACAAUUUCCUACAGCACUAGAUUGAAGUUAUUAAGACGCAUAUCUAUUUACUGGGGAGAUGCUAAAGCUGAUACUUUAUUCGAUUGUGUUCAAAAAAGGUACGGCACGUAUAUUGCGUUAAACGUACUACAUUCUUGCAGUAUAGCAAAAAUUCAGAACAUACUUGAGCAAAACGAAAUAGUUUUCAAUGCUUAUCAAGUCUCUCAUAUAUUAAAUAGAAGCGAGGAGCUCUUAAAAUUCUAUAUUCAUUACUACAACGAUUUACGAAAGGUUCCUUAUGCCGAAAAAAGCAUUACAAAUUUAUUAGCUAACAAAAAUCCAGAUCUUUUUAUAGCAUUGUUACGCACUAAGAAAAUAACUGUAGAGAAGCUAACCAGGGCAGGUAGUAUAAAAGUAAUAAAUGCAGCGAAAGAAGAGUUAUAUGAGAAUCCUGAACUAUUCUUAGGCAUUUUAAACACCAGAGCUCUCGUUAAAGCGUUGAAGAAAAACUUCGUAAAACUUUACGAGAAGAUCUUCCCCAAAAAAUUCGGAGAAAUCCAAGACGCAUGUACCGCAGUUACUAUACUUAAAUAUCUACCUAAAGCAAUAAGAUGGGGAAUAUUUAACACACAUUUCGAAGCUAACUUCAUCGAUAAAGAGACAAACGAUUUGUUUGAAAUAUUCUAUGAGUCGAUCGUUACACUAAACCCGGGUAAAGAAAUCAUACAAGCUUGGGCAGAGGCGAAUUACAAGCUGAAAAACGACGAAAUUUAUUUACAAUAUUACCCCAUUUCUACGGCAGUAAAAAUACUGAAAGAGAAAAUAAACGUAACCUCAGAUAAAGCGAAGCGCCAAGCAUUAGUAACUCUUCUUCUAUCCACUUGCGCAGAAAGCAAAGACAUGGAAAUGCUCUCUCAAAUUAUGGACUACAUAGCAUCUAGGCACAAGAACGAGGAUCCUUAUACUUACAGAAAAAUCAUUGAAUCUAUUUGCAACAAAUUCACUGAUCAGUUGAGUAAGAACCAUUGGGAUUUCAUAAGGCAGCAAGUAGUUUUAAUACGCACCAAAGGAGUAAUCACUUUGUACGAUUAUAAAGGAAUAGCUGAGAAACUUAUCGUGUAUGCAUAUAAAAAUGAUAGAGAUUUAUUUGAAGCUGAAUGCAAAGAGUAUGUAAUUGGAGUAUCAACUGAUAGAAUAAGUUAUAGAUUGUACGUAAACGAUCCUAAAUUAGAGAUCGACGUGUUUAAACAAUUCUGUAGAAUUUUUCCAACCGUUAUUACACCCACUCACAAAUAUUUCAACGAAAAUCUAAUGAACAUCAUGAGCGAUUUUUACAGUAUAUGCGAUCAAAAACCCGAGCACUGCCUAAACUUGCUGGAAUUUCCCUAUUUUGUAUCUUCGAUAGAGAACAUUUUAAAGAAAAAUGUAGGCCAACCGUUCAAGUACCACGAUGAGCGGAUUCUCAAAUACGCCGUGUUGUAUCAUUUGAAUUUCCCACAGUACUCGCUACCGUUUUUCAACGCAGAAAAAAUCGUCGAACUCCUCAAUAGAAUAUCCCUAACAGCGCCCCCAAACGCUUUCUAUGGAGAAAUAAUAACAUCGAUAGUAGAGAAGCCGAAGUUAACAGACACACAAGAAAAAAUAUUAACCCGCUUUUUGUCGCAGGAAAACAUCGAUGUAACGGGAUACUGGCACAUCGAGCGCAUUGUAACCCUCCUGUUAAAACACCACCCGAGGCAUCUGGUGGGACAUUUCGAGAAGGUCUAUUCGAAGAGCAACAGCGCCUUUUUCGUGAAAUCAAUCAAGUGCUACUCGCAUUUGGGAUUCGACAAACAACUGUGCGCACUCGCGAAGAAAAAUUGGCUACAGCAAAUCUCUCAUUACCGGAAAAUAUUCCUGGAAAUCCUCCAGGACCUGCUCACGGACGAGGAGUUCAUCGAAUUUUUAAACGAGUACGUUUUACCGCCGGCCUCAUCGCUCACAAACGAGCAUAAAUCGCACGCAAUCGGGUUGCUAACGAAAGCUAGUUGCCCGUCGAAAUGCUUGUCGAUUGCGGUGAAGAUUUGCGAAGAGAAAGAUUUUUUGCCGGACGCUUUGCGGCCUUUGUACAGUCUGUUUUCCAGGUCGCCGGAAAACGUACUACGUCCUCACAUCGAGGGGAUGCUUAACGGGCCCCUUUUGCGGAAACACGGGGUGUUUUUGAGCUGCCAGUUACUCGAUUACGCUUCGAUUUGUAGCUUACUCUCUACUAGUGCUAGUACUGGGAGCUUGUGCACUGCUGGUUUGAAGUACUUCGCUAGGAAUCCUUCCGAAGAAUUGUUCGUUGUGGCAUUAAAGCAUUUAGAAAGUAUUAGUAGAGAUGAUAAAAGGGUAUUUUCGAUUUUGGUGAAAAUUAAACUUCCUAGGAUGUACCGAGCUCGAUACAUUGAAGCUUGCUGGAAGAUACUAGAAAAUUUAAACGACGAAGAAAUGAAAGUUAACAAACAUUUAGAUAAAUUACUCGAGCAGCUCAUCGACGAGGAAAUUUUACAAUCUAUUUCAAACUCGUUUAUUAACAACGUAGUUAACCGAUACAUGCCGAUCGAAGGUAAAAAUCGAUUGAAAAAUAUCGAUAAACUCAUAUUAUUCUGCUUAAAACUCAAACCUGACUCUUCGGAGACUCUGUUCUCGCUCAUGUCUAAGCUGAAUAAAUCUGUUAUAAGAGCCUUCUGUUCGGCGUUCGUGGAUUUCGUGUACGAAUAUAAACCAGAGGCGCAUUUCAUAAGCACAUUCAUGCAAAAUUGGAACAAACAAUUCCCUCUGACCGAUUCGAUCAACGAACACGUAGUAUUUAAUCUCCUGCUCAGGCGCUGCGUGGCCCGCGGCACGGAGGAUUAUGCCAAAUCCGCGGCGGAGUAUUUGGAGAAGCUGAUACUGGAGCUGGGCCCGUUGAUUUUCGACGUUUUCAAGACGAAUUUCCGCGAUUUGCUGGGCAGGAUGCCGGACGAGGCGUCCAAAUACGAAGUGUUGUACGCCAUGUUGAAGUACAAACAAUCGGCGGCUACUUACGUACUGGUAAUUCAAUUAUUGGAAUUAGAGCGGACGAGCCGUGAAAACGACGAGAGUUUAAAAUCUGCUUAUAAUCGAAUUACUGAAAUUCUGGGAGCUUGCGACGAGGUGAUCGUUAAAAGUUACUAUGAGAUUUAUUUGAGGAAUAUGGAAGAAUAG